AUCAGGCAUGUCUGGCCGUGGCAAGGGCGGGAAAGGUCUUGGGAAAGGGGGCGCUAAGCGUCAUCGCAAGGUGCUUCGUGACAACAUCCAGGGCAUAACCAAGCCUGCCAUCCGUCGCUUAGCUCGCCGUGGCGGAGUGAAGCGUAUUUCUGGGCUGAUCUAUGAGGAGACUCGCGGCGUGCUGAAGGUUUUUCUGGAGAACGUCAUCAGGGACGCUGUGACUUACACCGAGCACGCCAAGAGGAAGACGGUGACCGCCAUGGAUGUGGUGUACGCCUUGAAGCGCCAGGGCCGCACUCUCUACGGCUUUGGUGGCUAAACUGGACAGAAAUCUAGUGUUCUAGUUAUUAAUUACCCAAAGGCCCUUUUAAGGGCCGCCACUUCAUCAACAAAGAGCUGUUUACUGUUA